UGCAGUGGUGCAUUCUGCUGUACAUUUGUUUGUUGAAAUCGCCGGAUUGUAAAGUUAAUUGUUUGAAUAUAAAAAUAAAGUAAACACUAAGUAGGUGUAAGGCUACAUUCGUCUAGUUCUUAAUAUUUUGCAAUACCUAACAUUUCGUCAUGAGGCGAAGUCUGCCGAAUCUGCUUAAUUCGUACCUAAAAGUUGGGCCAAAAUCUAAUUUGAUCAGAACGGAGCACAGUGAUAAUUACCGCUCUUCGCAAAUCAAAAAUCAGCUUACUAAAGUUAAAACCAGGCACCCUGCCUCCAUUUUCCAGCUGCCGAUCCUUGACUCUGUUGUUCCAUCACCAACAGUUCCUUUAUCUCCCCCGGAUACAUUACUAGAAGCUGUAAAGUCUGCAUAUUCCAUAAAAGAAAUUUUUGAACUUGUAUUGAAAGAGGAAAAAAAUCUUGAAGAGAACCAUUUAACGAAAAUUUUUCGGUUGAUACUUCAAUAUCAGAAUGACAACAGGACUUGCUACAGUUCUGAUGCUCUUCAAAACCAUAUAGGCUUCAUUAAAUUGUGCCAGCGGUUACUGAGAGUGGCUCCUAAUAUGACAGAUCCAGCAGAUUUAGUAGCUUGCCUGAAGACUCUGGUUUUUUGCCGGGUAGCUGGCGAAAGUCGAAUCAUGCAAACGCUUCUUCAUUUACUCAAAUCUAGAGUGAACGAUCUGGAACUCCAGCAAGUCAUUUUCUUGGAUUUUUUGCUACGAAAGAUCAAAUCCCCUCUCGCAGAUGCACUUGUUAUAGCAUUACCGGUAGUUUUUCAAACUCAGUUGGAAGCACAGCUUAAUGCGGAUAACAUCAAAACCAUGUGCGAUAGUCUACGUUACGCGAUAGACCGGCGAGCCCCGGCUCCUAAAAUCAAAUUUAUUGCCGACAGUUUACUGUCUAGCUCCAACAAAUGGGAGAACAGGGAAAUCUGCAGUGUGAUUUGGUCUAUAAGCAAAAUUCGAUAUUUACCUGAUCAUGGCAUUUUGCCUUUACUGGAAAAUGCACUUGAUCAAUUAGCAAAAAGAGUGAAUCGUGUAGAACGAAAGGACUUGGAGAGAACUUUAGUCGCAGUAGGUGAAAACUACACUGGUAAAAGUCAAUACUGGUAUCACGAAGAGCUGUGCAACGCCAUUGCCAAACGCAUAGUACAGGAACAGUGGCCAUUGUCUUCGACAAGCCCGAUUGGCCGAACAUUUGCUAAACUAUCCUACGUCAAUUUUGAGUUCCUGGACUAUUAUUCUAGUUUGAUCGCUACCACUGACGAAAAGUUAACGAUGCAUCCACAUUACUUGCUGGUACCCUUCGCAGUGGCAAAUUACAGAACACCAACUUUUGAAAAAAUGGUGGAACGGCUGCUAAAAUAUUCAGACGAUAACAUGGCAGUUAAUAGAUAUCAACAAUGGUUUCGAUUUGCCAUUGAUUGCGCAACCCUUGGUUUCUAUCCGCGACCGUUAAUCAGCCAAAUUUUCGAAGAAUCUUUCGUCAAAUCGCAUUUUGGAAAGCAAGCUAGCCAUCUCGACUGGUUACAGCUUGAUGUUCUCAACCGUAGUGUCCGCUUAGAAUGCCCAGAGUACGAUGGACCAUACCCUACCCCUGCGAUAACGGAACAAUGUCACAGAAAGAUAUACGAGGCAAAUAUGCACAAGGAGCAAUUCGUUUCAGUCGAAAAAGCAUUGCAAAGCGGUGUUGGAGGCUUGCCUUAUGUAACGACUAGGUUAUUAACCAAACAUGGUCAUUUUAUUGAUCACGUUAUCGCCAUGAGACCUGGUGGGUAUCCUGUAGCCAUCAACACAACGUCCCAUGAUCCUGAUACAGUUCGCUACGUAGAAGACCUACACGGCACAACUGGAUGUCAACUUGUUCUGGUAAAAGUAUUCCGGGCGAAUGCCUAUGUAGUCAAUGGGGAUCGUUUACGUGGUAUUUAUGAUCUCGAGCUUCGGACCCUUGAACGCGCAGGAUAUGACAUUGUUCCUGUGAACCUAGGAAAAUGGGAAGCCUUGCAAGAUUACGAAAAGAUCCCUUUUCUAAUGCAGCAAGUUCGGUUAAAAGAAAAGGCAUUGACCGUAUGAAACAAUCUGUGUGAAUGUAGUGUUACCGAUUAAUAUAAAUUUGGAACGUCUAAAAA